CGAUUACUUCCGACCAAGCUCGUUUUGAAUAUUAUUUUACAUUUUAUGGAAUUAUGAGUACCUCUGGGUCCGUGUCGAAGGGCUGCUUUGCGUUCCCUGGGAAAAGAAAGCAAGCACGAGCGGAAGAUUUUCUGGAGGCCAGUAAGCAGGAGUGUAAUACAGAGUGCUAUCACACGUACAAACUACAAUGGCAACAUAUGGAAGAAGCGAUACAGUUUCUCCAGGCAGAGAUAAGUGGUCAGAUCUUUGAUGAUCUGUUAAAGUUUACAGAAGCAGCGCAUAGCAACAAUCCACAUGAUAAAACAGUUCGGGAAAUACCAACAGCUGCUCUUAUUACAGGAGUAAAUGUGACGGACCAUGACGAUAUGUUCAGCAAUUUAACGGCAAUGUUGAAAGAUAGAGUGACAUCACAUGUUGCGUUGCUGAAAUCGAAAGAUGGCACCAAUAUGAAAACACUGGUAGGGAAGACAUUAUCGCAAUUGAUGGCUUCGGGAGAAAUGUUGUUAGAUGAUGAGGACCAAGACCAAGACACAUUGAAUGUUAAGAGAAUAAGUCCAUCUAUUUCUGUACUGGCUUCCUGGUAUAGUCACAUAUCAACACUGAAGAAACAGAUAUCAAGUCCUAGGAAAAGGAAUAGUUCAGGUGCAGUAAUAAAAGAGGGCAGCACUAGACCACCUGUUGUGAUAAUCCUCCAAGACAUCGAGGGAUUCCCUGCACGUGUCUUACAAGAUUUCAUAACCAUUUGCCAUAACUACCUCAGUCAGAUUCCAUUUGUGUUUGUUUUUGGUAUUGCUACCACAGUAACGGCUGUUCAUAAACUCCUCCCCCAUGCUGUCUCCUCCCUCCUCUGUCUCGAGAAAUUCCAGGCUCUUCCAGCAACUGAGCAUCUCAGCCAAGUUAUAGACACAGUAUUACUGACAGACAGGUUUACAUUCAAACUGAGCAGUAAAGUUUUCAAGCUUAUCCUAGACACAUUCCUCUACCAUGACUUUUCAAUACAUAGUUUCAUCAAAGCUCUUCAGUUCUGUAUGCUGGAGCACUACACUGUGAGACCAAUUAGUCUACUCUGCUGUGAUCUGGAAGAAGCUGAGGAAAGAGUGGAGUCUCUUACUGCCAAACAAAUAGACCAAUUCAGAACUCUUCUUUCAUUUAGAAGAUAUGUUGAAUGCUGCCCGCCAAAGGAUCAGAUAUCUCUACUCACUGAAUCAGCAUACACCAAGAAAAGAAUACUACAUAUGCUCGCAAGACUUGGUAGAUACCACAGCACCUUUUUUCCUGUAUUGAGGUGCCUACAUUACAUCGUUGGAUCAUUACCUGGGUAUCCAUUAGGCAAACAGCUGAGAGAAGUCUAUAGUUGCAGCUUGGAGCGAAACAUUUUCGAAACAGAGGGCUUCAAGGAAUCAUUACAAAUACUCAGAAAUCUUUCCAGGGAUGAGUUAUUUGAGAAGAUAACAAAAUGUCUGGAGUACUUUACAUCAGACGAGGCUUAUGUUGAUGUAGCAGAGACACUACUCGAGUUUGCUUCUAAGUUACAGUCUGGUGAAGAUCUAGGUGCUUUAUACGAGAGUGCAGACAGCGCAGACUCUGCAGAGGAUGAACAAGAAGCUACAGCACUCCCUAAGAAAACUGACAUGUACACACUUCGUAAGAGUUUACAAGAACUUGGCAAGAGGAAGAAGAAACUAACCAUCUUUGAGAAAUUGAGGAGUGAUAUCUUUGAUUACUUGGAGAAAGUUUUCAGAAAAUUCCUACCAUGUCCUCGGUCUCUACCUCUACAUGAAAUAUUCUACUAUGACCACAUUACCACAGUUCGGGGGUCUAUCAACGGAGCCCCACGUCUUGCAAUACAAACAGCUCUAUCUAAUCCUACACAAUAUCUACAGUGUAACUGUUGUAGUGUAGAAGGAGGCAUAGAAGCUACAUUACCAGAUAUAUGUAAAGUCUACAAACUACAUGUGGAGUGUGGACGUCUCAUCAACCUCUAUGACUGGCUUCAGGCAUUUACCAUGGUAACCUCUGGUGACGAGGCUUCCUCACCUGAUAAACAAAUGCAAGCAAGGUUUAUUCGUGCAGUUUCAGAGAUGCAGUUUUUAGGUUUUAUAAAACCGACCAAGAGGAAGACGGACCACGUUGCUAGGCUGACUUGGGGAGGAUGCUAGAAAUCAACCAGCAUCAACAUUAAUCUAGAUUUGUCAUCUUAGUGGGAAUUUUCUUGAAAACAUCUAGAUUGACUUCAAGAAAACAAGAUGGUCGGCACCAAAUAGAUUCAAACUGAAUAAAGCAAUAUUGA